CUGCCGGAUAACGGAGACGACAAUGAGGUUCUGGGUCGGAAAAGCUGUCCCUGGUGCUGGCCUCGUGCUACUGUCCACGGUGCUGAAAUAUGAACACCCUGAACGAAAUGAGGUUGCAGCUCUUGGCUGGCCUUGGUUCGGUGGUUCUAAGGUGUCUCAGCAUCUCCUAGACUCCAGCCAGCUAACAGGUGGACAUGGCCCACAAAGGCCACUUUCAACACAGCGGCCUGGUCUGGGCCCUGCGACCGAUCCUGGCAUGGAUCUUCUUGGUGGCCUAUGGAGGGAGUCACCCACUGCAAACUAGGUCCUGGGGACACCCUGGGCUGACAGCCAAGGUGAGCACAGGCCAGCUGCAGCCGGCAGGGCACCCUCAAUCCUUGGUUCUACCACCAUACUCAAGGAUCCAAGUUCCUGGCUCGCAGACACCACCAGUGGCAGAAUCUUGCUGCACUGCAGAUAUAGACAGACCAGAGGCAUCCAGCCCAGAGAGCCUUCUAGAGAGCUGCGGGGCACCAAGCCCAGAAUGUGAAUUCUUCCUGGGACAACUUCAAGGAGCCCUCCGCGAUCGCUUCCACCCGCAGCUUUUCGGGGUACGCCCAGUACAGCCUCUCUGCCCUGAGCUCUGCCAGAUUUGGUUCACCACCUGCCAAGCAGAUUUUAUUUGUGGCCUGACUUGGCUGCCAUCCUCUGGAAAGAGAGGCUGUGAGCGCCACUGCCGCACCUACGGGCAGACCUUUGCCAACGCCACAGAUCUGUGUCACUCUGCUUUGGGUCACGUUCUGCGGGUAGCGGCUCCUGGCUCCAGUCACUGCCUCAACGUCUCCAUCUCCUCUCCAGGAGCCCGCCGCCGCCGCCCUCGCGCCUGGAUUACAAAUGUUGCAGGCAGUGGCAGUGGCAGUGGCAGCGGCGACAGCCCUGAGCAGUUGUUUGGCUUUCAAUAAGGGUCCCUUCCCUAGGCCAGGAGCCACCCAGAGUCAUCUCCCUCCCCUCCUCUCUCCUUCUGUCCUAAACCAGGCCCUCCCACCCGUUUUCCUAGAAAUGAUCUAACCCUCACUUAUUUUGCUUCCCCAAAAUAAAGUUGCCAGUCUAGUCCAUGCCAUACGAUGUGGCUGCUGCUUGGGAAAACACUUGGGGAGAACCUGGCAAAAAUGAUAGUCUUAGAGGGAAGAACAGAGACCAGUAACAUGGUACACAGGCCAACCCUGAUGAUCAACAUUCUAUUCCCAGAACUCACAUGGUAGCAAAAGAAACAACUUCAACAAGAUGUCCCCUGACCUCCAGGUUUGCUAUGGCACUUGUGUCCCCUUUCUCCCCCAAAUAAAUAGAUAAUAUAGU